AUGCCUCAGAAGUUCAUUUUGGAAGUGGAACUCUUUGAUCUGUGGGGAAUAGACUUCAUGGGACCUUUUCCUCCAUCUUACACAUUCAAAUACAUUUUGGUAGCAGUAGAGUAUGUCUCCAAAUGGGUAGAAGCAAUAGCCACCACCACAUGUGAUACCAACGUGGUCUUGCAAUUCCUCAAGAAGAACAUCUUCACUAGAUUUGGAUUGCCCAAAGGACUUAUAAGUGAUGGGGGAAGCCACUUCUGCAACAAGCAACUAAAUUCUUUACUCCACAAAUAUGGUGUUACUCACAAAGUGGCCACACCGACAGCCUUCAAGACACCCGUAGGAAAAUCUCCAUUUCAGUUGGUGUAUGGAAAAGCAUGCCACCUCCCUGUGGAGCUUGAACACAAGGCCUUUUGGGCCACCAAACUCUUGAAUUUAGAUGCUCAAGCAGCAGGAGAGAAGAGGUUGCUACAACUCAAUGAAUUGGAGGAGUUCAGAUUGGAGGCAUAUGAAAAUACCAGAAUAUACAAAGAGAGAGCAAAGAGAUGGCAUGACAAGAGGAUCUCCCAAAGAACAUUCGAACCAGGCCAAAGGGUGUUGUUAUUCAACUCAAAAUUGAAGAUUUUCCCUGGGAAGCUGAGGUCUAGAUGGACUGGUCCAUACACCAUCACCAAAGUAUCCCCUCAUGGCUAUGUAGAAUUACUUGAUAAAGCCUCAAAUCAAACCUUCACAGCUAAUGGACAUAGGGUGAAGCAUUAUUUUGGUGGCCCCUGGAGCAAGGAAGAAAGUGUGCAAAUGCUAACAUGA